UCACAUGAUAUUCAUCGAUCAGCUGACAAGUUAGGGGUGUUGGUUAGGUGAGAAUUCCAACGGGGAGGUGGCUAUUUUUUUUCCUGAAAAUGAGGUACGGGCUGGGAUAUACUUUUUUAGCGACGCUUUCGUCUGCGGUGACUAUAAUAGUGCUGUAUUAUGUACUUACUGGGAAAGGAGAGAGGAUUAGUUUUGGCUGGUUCCUAACGGAGACUAGCCCAUACAUGUGGGCAACAGUUGGUGUUGGAUUGGCUGUUUCUCUGUCUGUGGUUGGAGCUGCACUAGGCAUUCAUACAACAGGAGUCAGUAUUAUUGGUGGGGGUGUAAAAGCACCCCGAAUAAAAACAAAGAACUUGAUAUCAGUCAUUUUCUGUGAAGCGGUUGCAAUCUAUGGUCUCAUUACUGCAAUUGUUCUUUCUGGGCUGAUAGAGAGUUUCAGUUGGGAUGCCGUUCAAAGUAAUAUUGAUCUGAAGAGCCAGAAUUGGCUUUCUGGCUACAUAAUGUUUGGUGCUGGAUUAAGUGUUGGUUUGGUUAACCUUUUCUGUGGAAUUGCAGUUGGAAUUGUGGGAUCUGGUGCGGCCCUAGCAGAUGCUGCGAACUCGGCAUUAUUUGUCAAGAUCUUGAUCGUAGAAAUUUUUGGAAGUGCUAUUGGACUUUUUGGACUCAUUGUUGGAAUUUAUAUGACUGCCAAAGUAAAGAUGGGGGACAAGCAGUAAACAAGUGAUCCAUUUCAGCAGACAAGAAAUAUGGCUGUUUUUGGAUUGUACAGAGACUUCAUGUAUAAAUUAGUGGUGCUGGUGUACAGAAGUGUGAAUGUGCUUUGUAUAUUUGUAAAAAGAAAGUGGGUGUAGAGAAGAUAAGUAUUAUGUAAUGAAAAUGUAUUUGUUAUUACAUUAUUUUAAUCAAUUACAUAGAUGCGUGAUUGUUACUCCUGAUAUGAACUGUAUCAUAUGUACAUAGUUUUCAAAUUUGAAGUCUCUCUGUCUCACUUUGUAUACAUAAUUAUGCUUAGAAGAACCUAGUGUUUAUACCAGAAAUAUUUCAUAAAUUUAUGUUAAUUUAAUGAAUCUAGCUCUGAAUAGUGUGUGUAAUUUAUACUUGUGAAGUAUGUGGGGUGAUUUGGUAAUGAAAUAUAGUUAAUGUGUGAAUAAUUGUUGAAGUAUACACAUUGUAAUUAGAGCAUCAUUCAGUAUUAAAUAUUUUGCAGUGUGAUCACAAUUAAGGCAGAAACUGUUGUCCAGGCUCUUCAAACUGUAACUUUCUUGGUUGGUAGAGCAAACAAGUAAAUGGAAACAAGACAUACAUGAAAUUGUUUUUUUACACGUUGUGCUGAUAAGAUGAUGUGGUAGGGAUAUAGAGGAAUGGACAAUUAAUAUAGUUCAUUUCCAUCAUGGUUGAGAAUGAGAGGGCAUUACAAAUGUCCGCCUGUAUUAAUUUUAUCAAAUCACUCCUCUAUCCUGCUUGCAUAUUCAGAUGUUAAAUAUUAUCUUGCACAGAAUUCAUUAUUUUGUAAGUUUUUUCGCCUGCAUAUUAUUUAUAGUGCUCAUAUACAUGAACUAUUUGUUGUACUGAUUCACUGUCCAUUAUGUAUUUCUCAAACUACAAUAUCAGUAUUUGGUGUCAAGAUU